CAGUAUUAAGAUGCCGGAAGUGUACGAAAAUUUUAGUCGCCACGUAAUUAAAUCUCAUCACAAGAAUCCAAGGAGGGAAUAUAAAAUUCGACCGGCUUCUCACAUUUGCCAUUCACUAUUUUAUUACUUCACACUUCUGUUAUCACUUAAAACUUCUUAACGUUGAUACAUUUUAUUCUCUUCGUCUCAUUAUCACCAUCACUAUCCCACCGACUCCACCGUGAUCACAACAGACAAAACUUAUCUCUCCGGACACUUAAAAUUCAAAAACAUUAAAUCAUUAUUAUUGACAUUUGCCAUUGGUAACAUGGGAAGCAACUGUCAAACUUGGCAAUGAUUAUCACUACUACUCCCAGCGAGAUAAGAGUCACGACGAUUGCUACGACCCCCACCAACUACAGCUAUUAGUUUAUUUAUACCUGGACAGGUUUCGGAUAGCUAAUGUAGCUAUGUUGUUCGUCUGAUGAAUUACAUCUCCGAUAAUCUCAUCGAAUCGUCAUUGUAGAUUCUUCUUCAUUUCUUAUUUCAUAGACGAUUGCCACUUCAUGCAGAUGCACACCAGCCUAGCAAGAGAAGGAAAAAGAACUUUGCCAAUCUUAGCCAAUGUUAUGUUUUGGAAAAUUAAGACGAAGUCACAUUUGGAAAUUCUUUUUAAUUUGCAUUGUCGUGACACUUGGGAUUUCCUUUUGCUUAAACCUUAUCCCUCUCCAGGAUGGAUACCAUGACUGUCCAUGUAAUCCAUCCUCAUAUGAAAAUGAAAACAAAAUUACCAUUAGGAAUUUUUCCAAGCAAACUGCUUACCAUAAACUGGCCAUUAUUGUUCCAUUUCGGGACCGGUUUGAAGAAUUAUUGGACUUUGUUCCCUAUAUGGGUCACUACCUGAACUUACAGAAAGUCAGUCAUAAGAUAUUUGUUAUUAACCAAGUAGACAACUUCAGGUUCAACCGUGCAGCGCUGAUUAAUGUGGGUUACUUAGAAUCAAAGAGUGAGUGUGACUAUCUGGCUAUGCAUGAUGUUGAUCUGCUGCCUCUCAACCCUAACCUCAGUUAUGCUUACCCGUCUAAAGGACCUUUCCAUGUUGCUGCACCUAAUUUACAUCCACGUUACCAUUAUCCAAAGUUUGUUGGAGGCAUCCUCCUAUUGACUUGUGAUGAUUUCCAAAAGACUCGUGGUUUGUCCAACAGAUAUUGGGGCUGGGGACAAGAAGAUGAUGAGUUCUAUGUUAGGAUGAGAAAAGCUGGAUUAAAUAUAUCUCGCCCACAAAAUAUUACAACUGGUUACAAAACAUUUAAACAUUUACAUGAUUCCAAAAAACGUCGACGUGAUACCAGCCGUUUUUUCAACCAGCACUAUAUUUCCAGCCACCGUGAUUAUGAAACUGGGUUUGAUACUUUGGCGUAUGAAAAAGUUUCCCAGUAUGACUUAUCUGUGAAUGGUUCUGUGGCAAAAGUGAUAAAUAUUAGACUAAGCUGUGACUUGAGUAAGACACCCUGGUGUUUACAGAAGCAAGACCAUAAUUUAGCCAAACCUUAUCUAUGAAAAUACAUUAUUGUUUAUAUGUGUAUAUUUUAUAUAUAUAUAUAUAUAUAUUGUUUUAACAUUGUUUAAAGUUUGAAUGGUAUAAAUAUGGCUUGUGGUAUGAAAAUAUUUAUGCUAAUAGAAAGGAAGAAAAAAAUGAAAAAAAAAAUGUAAUCUAUACUGUUUAAAGAAAAAUCCCUUAAGCUUGUUACAUCAAUAAUAACAGAACCAAAUAUAUGGAAAUCAAAACACACAUUUAUUCUGAGCUGCAAAACAAGUAGAAGAGUGAAAUAGCUGCUGUAAUAAUACAGUGGAACCCUAGUUUAUGAAUUUAAUUCAUUCCAGAAGGAUUUUUUGUCACCUGAAAUAUUUGUAAACUAGAACCAUUUCCCCAUUGGAAACUCAAGAGAAAGUAUGGCAAAAUUGAGCAAGGAUGUACUCUGAGUGAAAGCUAGACAGCUACUGAUGCUCCCUCACUGAUACUCUCAGUUUCUUGCCCCCCUUUAUUGUGUGUUUGUUGAGAUGCUGCUUAUCAUUCAAGAUGUUUUAUGUUAGAAAAAUUGUUCAUAAACUGAUUUGUUCAUAAUAGGAAGCAUUUGUAAACUGACGUUCCACUGUACAAUAAUACACCUAAAUUUA